UUAAAACGAGCCCCACCGCGCUCCGUGCCCGCGCCACGGCCGGCGGGAGGGAGCCUUUCCCCCGCACCGGGGCAGCCGCCCGCCGCCGACCGGAUCCUCCGACACCGCCGCCGGCCCCGGCCCGGCCCCGCCGCCCGGAGCUGUCCGUCCCCGGCCGGGUGCUGAACCGGGUGCCGGUGCCCGCCGGGCCUCGCCCCGCCGCCCGGAGGGGAGGUAGGCGGCGAAGGGGGCCGGGGGGGAUGGGGACAGCCGGCGGCCGCCCCGCGCCGCCCGCCUGAGCCCCGCACACAAAAGCCGAGCCGCGGCCAUGGAAGAGGAGCUGAAGUGCCCGGUGUGCGGCUCGCUCUUCCGGGAGCCCAUCAUCCUGCCCUGCUCACACAAUGUCUGCCUGCCCUGCGCCCGCACCAUCGCCGUGCAGACCCCGGAGACCGAGCAGCACCUGCCGCCCCUGCUCCACCCGCGGGGCCCCGCACCGACCGCCGCCGCCGCGCCGGGGCCGGGAGCGGCCGCGGGCUCUUCCGCCUGCCUGGACUCGGAGUGCGCGGCGGGCGGCGGCGGCGGGGACCAUGCGGACAAGCUGAGCCUGCACAGCGAGACCGACAGCGGCUACGGCUCCUACACCCCCAGCCUCAAGUCCCCCAACGGCGUGCGGGUGCUGCCGCUGGUGCCGGCACCCCCGGGAGCGGCGGCGGCGGCGGCUCCGCGGGGCGCCGGCCCCGCCAGCUCCUCCCUCACCUGCCCGCAGUGCCACCGGAGCGCCUCCCUGGACCAGCGCGGCCUCCGCGGCUUCCAGCGCAACCGGCUGCUGGAGGCCAUCGUCCAGCGCUACCAGCAGGGCCGCGCCGCCGCCGCCGCCAAGUGCCAGCUCUGCGACCGCAACCCGCCCGAGCCGGCCGCCGUGCUGUGCGAGCAGUGCGAGGUGCUAUACUGCGCCGCUUGCCAGCUCCGCUGCCACCCGGCCCGCGGGCCCUUCGCCAAGCACCGCCUGGCCCCGCCGCCCGGACAGCCGGGCGCCCCCGGCGGCGGCGGCGGCGACGGCGGCGGCGGCAGCGGCAGCGGCGGCGGCGGGAAGGGGGCGGGCGGCGGCCGCAAGCUGCCGACCUGCGCCGAGCACGACCUGGAGAACUACAGCAUGUACUGCGUGAGCUGCCGCAGCCCCGUCUGCUACCAGUGCCUGGAGGAGGGCAAGCACGGCAAGCACGACGUGAAGGCGCUGGGCGCCAUGUGGAAGCAGCACAAGGCACAGCUGUCUCAGGCUUUAAAUGGUGUUUCAGAUAAAGCAAAGGAAGCUAAAGAAUUUUUGGUUCAGCUGAAAAAUCUAUUGCAGCAGAUCCAGGAAAAUGGGUUGGAUUAUGAAGCCUGUCUUGUCGCUCAGUGUGAUGCCUUGGUUGAUGCGUUAACGCGACAAAAGGCAAAACUGCUCACGAAGGUGACCAAAGAACGUGAGCACAAGCUGAAGGUUGUUUGGGACCAGAUAAAUCAUUGUACCCUGAAGCUACGCCAGUCAACGGGGCUUAUGGAGUACUGCCUAGAAGUUAUCAAAGAAAAUGAUCCCUCUGGGUUUUUACAGAUUUCGGAUGCUUUAAUCAAGCGUGUUCAGGUAUCUCAGGAACAGUGGGUCAAAGGAGCCUUGGAGCCAAAAGUGUCUGCUGAGUUUGACUUGACUCUGGAUAGCGAACCUUUACUGCAGUCGAUUCACCAGCUGGAUUUUAUUCAGAUGAAAUGUAGGGUUCCUGUUACAGUGCCACCCGUCCCAUUACUGCAGCUGGAGAAGUGUUGCACCAGAAACAACAGUGUGACAUUGGCCUGGAGGAUGCCACCUUUGAGCCACAACCCGGUGGAGGGUUAUAUCUUGGAACUUGAUGAUGGAGAUGGUGGCCAAUUCCGAGAAGUAUAUGUUGGCAAGGAGACUCUCUGCACCAUCGAUGGCCUUCAUUUCAACAGUACCUAUAAUGCAAGAGUCAAAGCGUUCAACUCAUCGGGAGUUGGUCCUUACAGCAAGACAGUUAUUUUACAGACGUCGGAUGUGGCGUGGUUCACCUUCGACCCCUCCUCAGCUCACAGAGACAUAGUGCUGUCGAACGACAACCAGACUGCCACCUGCAACAGCUACGAUGACCGGGUUGUUCUUGGCACAGCAGCCUUCUCCAAGGGCGUGCAUUACUGGGAACUGCAUGUGGACCGGUAUGACAACCAUCCGGAUCCAGCCUUUGGCAUUGCCAGGAUUAACGUCGUCAAGGACAUGAUGCUCGGCAAGGACGACAAGGCGUGGGCCAUGUACGUUGACAACAACCGCAGCUGGUUCAUGCAUUGCAAUUCUCACACCAAUCGGACUGAAGGAGGAGUUUCUAAAGGUGCCACCGUUGGUGUUCUCCUGGAUCUGAACAAGCACAACCUGACCUUUUACAUAAACGGGCAGCAGCAAGGGCCUCCAGCGUUUGAAAACGUCGAGGGUGUCUUCAUGCCUGCAUUGAGCCUCAAUCGAAACGUCCAGGUGACCUUGCACACGGGACUGGAGGUGCCACAAUGUGUAAAACAGCCCAAGUUGCCCAACAACUGAUGAAGCCCCUGCUCGAUGCUGUGCUGGAUUCUGUAAGCUUUCUCAGUGUGAUUUGGCACUUUUCAGUAAGUCAGCGAAAAAGCGUUCUCUUCCCUGACUUAAAACAUUGUACAGCAUGUUGCUCACCGAAUAAUCCGCCGGUUCCAGCUAGCCCACUCCAUUUUUAAUUUAACAGCCAUAGCAAGCACACCCAUGGAACUGGCACUCGAUUGCAGAUGGGCACCUGAACAUAUCCACACGGCAUUAAAUACAUAUGUACUCACAUAUGCACACACACACACAAACACAUUUAUAAAGCAAAAGGUUAAAUGAGUGUAUUUUUUCUCUCAUGGCUAGAUUUGUGCUUAAAAGAUAUUAGGGAUGCUGGAAAAAAUGGGUAAGACUAAGACUGAGGGACAACGGCUGUUGGAGUAACUUACCAGUAGGUGAAUUGGAUUCCCUUGCCACCUGAAGUCCUUAAAUCAAGAGAGCAUAUGUUUCGACAGCUGAAGCGGAGGCUGUGUGCUCGAGGAUUCCUGGUUGCCCGUUACAUACAGCGGCUCAAAUGGCCAUUGUAAUUGUUCCUUCUGGCUCUAUACUGCAGUAAGCUAUGGGAUCACGUUCCCCUAGGAUUCAGUGGCAGAACUUAUCUCAUUAUCUUCAAAGAGAAUAAGAUCGGUUUCCAAACACUGCCAUGUAAUAGUUGCGCUCAUUUUAGCUAACACCAUCAUACAUGCAGAAUUCAGAUAAGAAAAGUUGAGAGAAAAAUAUCCUCGAUACAUUUUAGUGUGUUAUUUUGGUGUGAUUGUGGAGACUACCAUACAGAAGAUCUGAUUGUGGUUAUCAGCACAAGUCUUGGAAAACGGUGCAGGGGAGAUCCCUUUGAAUUGAACUGAUAAGAGAUUUAUUUAAAUAUGGCACAUGCAAAGUAUCCCAUGUAGAGAAAUGCUGCUUUCCAACCUUGAUCCUGAUAAGCCCUGGGCAGCUGUAGUUCCAAUGUAGCUUUGAGAUCAGAGCCUUAAUUGUCCAUUAGAUUAGUGUGAGCUAAUUAAUGUCUUGAUCCUAAUGAAGCACUUGAGCCAGAGACAUUCAUAGCAUUAAUGUGAAAUACAUCCCUAAGACUUUUUCUGGAUUGGGACAUAAAACUGGAAUAGGGUAGGUUUAGAUUAGAUAUCAAGAAGAAAUUUUUCACUGUGAGGGUGGUGAGGCACUGGAACAGGUUGCCCAGGGAAGCUGUGGAUGCCCCAUCCCUGGAAGUGUUCAAGGCCAGGCUGGAUGGGGCUUUGAGCAGCCUGGUCUAGUGGGAGGUGUCCCUGCCCAGGGCAGGGGGGUUGGAACUAGACGAUCUUUAAGGUUCCUUCCAACCCAAACCAUUCUAUGAUUCUAUAAGUCUUUUGCAAGAAUUACCUGUGUCUGGCAUCUCCCAUGAAAACAAGCAGCUGUUUCAGGUGCUGCCCACAACAACUGGAGUCUGACUGACAUGGAACUUUUCCCAAAGCCGUGGCACUGUCGUGUGUGCAUUUCAUUUCCUCUGAAUGCAGUUGACAUAUGCAAGUGUGUGUGUGUCUGUGUGUGCGUGUGUGUGUGUGUGUAUAGCGGCGAUGUGUAAGGACAAGAUGCUGCAGACUGUGUGAGCCCUUGGCAUCUCAGACUCUGUCUACCUAAGCGUGGUGCUAUCAAAUAAGAAAAGCAUAAACUCUUAAAUCCCAUCUAUGUACCAUUUCCUGUUUUUAAAUCCUGCUGCUUAUACAAAUUCUCCUCUCCAAGUGUGCGUAUAUGCACACACACAUUGUUAUCAAUCAAUCAGACAUGUAAUUAUAAAACCUGAAAACAGAUAUUCUGACCAAAAUCCAGCUUACUGCCUUGUGUUGAACCACAGCCACAGGACAAAGAGCCCAGGCCUGCCUUCGGGCAGCCUGCCGGCCCCCAAGCGUCCUGCUACAGGUCCGCUUCUGCUCUCUGGCCGGAGCACAUCACCCAGGUAGUGCUGAGCGGCGGCAGGGGUUCUCUGCGGCCGAGCGGCCAGGAUCCUCCCUGGGGUCAUCCCGCCUGGCAGCUGCUGUUGGGGAAGGGGAGGCAGCCCAGAACAACACAGUCCUGGGCUAUUGCACAGACGAAAAGCAGUCCGCCGUCACGCCGCCUGUAACCAACCAAGCACCCUGUAGUCCACCUCUCCCGCAGAACAGCCGCGCACCUUCAGCGAUGUCAAAACUGAAACAGGAAACAAAACCAACAAUGGGAAAAAAAUAACGUAAGCGUUUAAGUGGGAAAACAACAGUACUUUCUUCAAAGUCUGGAAUGGAUUGUAUUAGUAAACUUGUAGACAUUGCAAUAACCAUGCUACGCUGAUUUUGAUUUCUUAAAGAAUAGCAGAGACCAACUGUGUUAUAAUUUUUUUUGUUUCAUUUAAUACCAUAUGAACUUGUGCAGGAUUUUCUAAUUAGUGGGUCUGUUUUAACCUACCUCAGCUAGAAUGCUACCAGACCCCAAAUUUCCUCUUGAGUGUGCUCAUUGUAAAGUUGUCUUCUACGAACCUGACAGUCGUAAUCAUAGCAUUGGCUUCGAGUAUUGCCGGUCAGAGCAGUGUAUGGGAAUACUGUACAUAAGUUGCACAUAGUUUUUUAUAAUGGGAAACAUCCCGUGAUAAUUUUAAUAGAGAAGGCACUCCACUUUCACUUUUCCUAUUGAAAACAAAAGGACGUUGUUUGUUUUGGGACUGAACCUUUGUCUUUACUCCCAACUUCUGUGAAGGAAGCUCAAAUGAAUUUACAUCUUUCCAAUCUUCAACCAUUGCCAGAUGUUUAAAAUUAAUUCUGAAUGGGUUUUGGUUUUCAUAGUUGCUUUGGUAUCUGUUCCUGGUGUGUUAUACCUUGGGGAGAAGGCAGUGAGUGAUACAGGUUACUAAUUUCUAAUGGAAAUAUGGACAGUAGGUAGCGACAUGCUUCAGAGCUGUAGAGAAGCUCAUUUGUUAUCCUCUACACAUUCUAACAUUCAUAGAAGUAGGGUACAGAGUAGCUACCAUUACAUUCUCCUUUUAACUCUGCGGAAAUGCAAAUAAAAUAAAAGGAAUACAGUUAGAAGUAGGUAUCUUACGUUAGACUAAUUUAGCCUAGGUCUGAACCUAAACAAAGUGGGUGUAUGUGUUAGUUGUGUACACGUUCAACGACUUGGACUUGGCGCGGCCCAUAGCAAUAAACCAAGUUACCCCAACAGAUUGUCUCAUGGCUUCAGCUGCAUACAGUUUGGUAGUUUGGUUAACAGAAAUAAUGCUGAAGUAGUUAGAAUUAUGCUAGGAAACUACUGACUCCACAUGUGAGUGUUUAUGCAGAGCAUCUAGAUGGCAGUAGCCAUCUGAACAUAGGCAGAGCACAAUUUUCGCUUUGGAGAACAGCAUCAGGUGGGGAGAAGUGGGGCACUUCCACCCCUCUGCUUGGGUUGGAGGUAGUUUGUUUCUCUGCAGGUAACUCCCCCGAAGUCUGUCUCGUUAUAAACCCAGCAGUUCACAUGUUCUUCACCUACAGCAUCUCUUAUGCUGUUUUUUGUUUCCUCCAAAUCCCUUUUUUAGGAGGGAGCCAGCCUUUAGUUGUUUGGUCCUUGCAGAAACUGUGUUGCUGACUGCCCAGGGAGCCGAAGAGUAGCAUGGAUACCAAAGGGGACCACUUCAGAUGUCUCUUGCUUCCUUUUGAUUCCUUGGUGUACUGAUGCAGCUCUCUGGUACUCCAAGCUCCCCUGGUACCUGGACCUGCACAGAGCUGCCUUUCAUGGGACUUUUCUGCUCCUAGCGGCCAGGCUGUUCCUUCGAAGUAGGAGAGCAAAGCCUUUUGCACUGGGAUUAAUCUCAUCCCCUAUGGCGCAGAGUCCACACGAGGUAGCUAUAAAUUGACUUAAUGUUUAAAAAAACCCCAGUCUAUCCUCUAAUAAACAUAAGGAAGCUUCACUUCUGCAUACACCAAUUUGAAACAUCUGCACAGCUGCUUAAUAAAUACAGCAGGCAAACUUUGCCCUGCAGAGCAACAAGGGACUCUUGAUCCCCCAACCUUAUCCUUUGUGAACCUUCUUCCUGGCUCUUUCCUCCGUAAAUUUCCCGGUUAAGCUUAGCGGGAACAAACAGAAGUGUGCCAUCAGGAGCACUGUCAGACUUCCCAAGGCGUUCAAUGCUACACAAUUUCCACUCCCUUUUUCCCCCCUCAACUCAAAAAGAACUCACAAGACCUCUUACUAAGACUUAACAUCAAUAUGAGCACAGGCCUGAUUGCCAAUCCCUUACUACUUCUGCUGUGGAAAGGCACGCACUGUGAAAUAAGUGUCAGUGAGGACAGUGGCAUAAUGUGAUGUACCAUGAAUUUGGAAUGCAAUUUGGCUUCUGACCACAUAGAAAAGACAGGCAAACAGCAUUGUAACCUCCCAUACUUGCCUAUACAGUUAAGAUACGUAGAGAAACAUAUAUUGGACUGAACAAAAUAAAUAAAACAAAAAAAGCAUGAGCUUACAUAUACCAGAGUUUAAGAGGAAAAGUAUUAAAUGUAAUUUAUUAUAUGCAUAAUGUUCCAUCAUGUUGUAAAUAAUGCCAUGAUAGUGUAUUGCUGUAGUUUGUUCUUGGCUGGUGAUAGAGCUCUGUCUUAGUGCUGUGUAAGGGGGUUUUUUGUUUGUUUUUUGUUUGUUUUUUUUUUCCCAAAGCGUAGUUAGUAAAGAUGGCAGAGAGCACGCAAUACUCUAGUUUCCAAGUUGUAAUAGAGCAAGAAGAAAUGUGAGAUGCAGAUUUUUUUUUCUUUUUUCUAGCAUCAUUAUAUGUCUUAAAGAAGGUAAGGGAGAGAGAUGAGAUUAAGGCUAAACUGCCACUACCACCAUAUGAAAAACCCUGUGUUUGCGACUGCCAACAAGAGGUGGUGCAUUUUUUGGACCACAAUUCAGAUUGCCCAUUCCUGUGAGAAAGGAUGCGAAGUACCAACUUGCUGGUGCCACCUAGUACAUCCUUUGCUCACAAACAGAAAGAUGAGGAAAGAGAGUUGUUUGACCCAGUCUCAGGCCUUCCCAGUUUUGCGGCAUUCUGCUUAAACAGCAAAGUCAAGAAUUCAACUUCGAACCAGGAAAGAUAAUAUGAAAACCCCGAGCAUCUUGGCUAGAUCAACUAGUCCUUCAGGAGAGAGUCCCCAUCAGGGAAGUCCUUCAACAGGUUAUGGUGACAAAUCAAACACAUCGCAAAUGUAAAGGGCACUUGUCACUGAAAAUUACCAAACAAAGAUGGAGAGUCUCUCUUUUUUUUUUUUUUUUUUUUAAAGUGAGCUGAGUUUUUACUGACAACAUUUUUGGCGAUUCCUCUGCCCAGCGCUAGUGAGUGCUGCACACACACGCAACCGGCUGGAGCGGCAGCCUGAAGCACAAACCCAUCGCAAAUAAGACGCACUUGGUCUUCUUAGGUGCAGCAGCCCAUAUGCAGCCACAGAGACGAGAUGCGCGGGGCUCCUGCAGCUUUGCACAAUACAGGAGGCAGACGUGCGUUUUACUGACAGAAGCACUCAGCAGCCUUUUCCCCUUCUGUUAAGCGACCCUUUGUUACAUUUGUUAUUGCAAACGUAUCCAAGCAGAAUUAAUUAAUUUAUUUAUUUUUUAAUACGAAUUAGGAGGAUUUCUAACAUUUUCUUGUGGAGCAGUAGAUAGAAACGUUCCUGGAUCAUGAUUGCAUUCCUUCAUCCUCCACCUCCCUUAAAUGUUGUCAAUAAAAACACUAACCUUUCUAGGUGGCAUGGUGAGAAGACAUUAUGUGAUGAGUAUUAAAAAUAAAUGCAUGAGGUAAACCUGCUGUUAUUUCUGAUUGUUAUAUGAAGCAUGAAUAACACUAACUUAAAUGUUGGCAACCAAAAAAGUGCAAAGGAAUAAGAUAACAGUGUUCACUUCCGGUUAAAUGAAAGACGAGAAGUUGUUUUUGUGUUUUCUUCUUAACCUCGACAUUUUUUUCUUUAUCGUCAUUUCCCAUAGCUUAUAUAAAUUUGGAGCUGGUGAAAUAUACAUCUCUGCUGUAUGUGUCUAUCACCAGAUCAAGAGGAAAAUAGAAACUUUUUAUAAUUUUGUACCUGUAGCAAACGUUUGUAUUUUUUGAAUUGGAAACAAACUGCGUUUUGUCUUUUGGUCUGACUAAAACUUUGUGUAUUAUUAUUAUUACCCUUUUGGAAAACCUCACAUAUGAGUUUAUGCUGUUUUACAGUUUCUAAAUA